AUGUUCUACAAUGGAAUCAAUUAUCAUACGAAGGUGUCCCUCGAUUCUGCAGUAGGAGAGGCGUUGAUGAACAAGAGUCUUGAUGAAGCUGAAGACAUAAUAGAUAAUGUGGCCCAGAACCAUUAUCAGUUGGCAACCGAAAGAUCUGGAGGUUCCUUUUCUGGGAAUCCAAUAAAGGCAUCAGGAAAAUUUGAUGUAGAUGUAGACACACUCAUGUCUUCAAGGCUGGAUGCUCUGACCAAGAACCUUGAGACCAUAGGAAAUAACACAACCAAUGCAAUAGUAAGACAGAAGAGCGACUUCGAGACUGUAGCAUUGACAGAGAAGUGCAGCGCUCUUCUCACGGCAGACACUCCCCCGAAGGUCCAGGAUCCAGGAAGUUUUUCUAUACCGUGUAAGAUUAGCUCUGAGCUCAUACAUAAGGCUUUCUGCGACUUGGGAGCGAGUGUCAGCCUAUUUCCAUACUCAUUAUGCAAGAAACUAGGACUCCAGAACAUCAAACUUACUACUAUGACACUACAAUUGGAUGACCAUUCAUGUAGAUACCCAAUGGGUAUAGUGGAGGACGUGCUAGUAGAGAUAGGUGGAUGCAUCGUUCCCAUAGAUUUUGUUGUCCUGGAUAUGGAGGAGGAUCCCAAGAUCCCAAUCAUCCUAGGAAGACCAUUCCUUGCCACCGCUGGAGCCCUUAUCGAUGUGAAACGUCACAAGUUAUCCCUGGAGAUUGAUAAAGAAAGGUUAGAAUUCGAUUUGUCUGAUUCUCCUAAUGGCAUCUCUUCUUUUCCGGGAAAUGCCAGCAAGUCGAAUAUACACAAAGCUGAGGAAUGCAGUUUCCAUGGGAGGCCACCGGAUAUGAUGCAUUAUUUGGAAAAACUUGAGAGGUCGCCCCAACAAGCAAUAAAAAGUAUAUGUAUCCUGCAUGAGUGA